AUGGAGAUUGGGAAGAGAAAUAGAAUUAUUUUCAUCCAUUUAGUUCUACACAGACCCAAAGUGUAUAGGCACGUCCUCUACAAUGAAAUUAAUCAAGAAACUGUUAAUAUUCAGCAUCUGUUGUGGAAGUUGGUCUUUGCUUUUCUUCUUCUAGAUUCGUAUAGAAGUUUGUUACUUAGAAGAACUCAUGAGCAAUCGAGCUUGGUUCUGAUAACUAUGAAGGUUCUAGUCGACGUCCUGACUACAAAUCUUGCAUUCAUCUUCUCUUUUGCCAUUGCUGCUAAGGGUUUGCUAAAUGAAGUUUCCAGAAAAAGAGAGAUUCUUUUGGGGAUAUUAAUAUCAAGUUACUUCAAGAUCUUUCUGCUUGCGAUGCUGGUAUGGGAGUUCCCAGUGUCAGCGAUCUUCAUUAUAGAUAUACUUGUCUUAACAUCCAACUCCAUGGCUCUUAAAGUGAUGACUGAAUCAUCCACGAGCAGAUGCAUAGCUGUAUGCUUAAUCGCACACACAGUUAGAUUUUUGGUGGGUCAGAUCAUUGAGCCAACAACAUUCUUCACACAGUUUGGAUCUUUUGUCCAUUUAUCUUCCUUGUUCAGAAUUUUAAGAUUCCAACUUCAACUUCCACUUUAA